UCAUCCUCAACUCCUUAUCCUCCCUAACCUCCCUAUCUACCACCACCCCGCAUCUUCCUGCUCGGCUGCUCAUCGCCUAAUGCUGGUGCGGCGGCAUCUGUGCACUGCCUCCAACCGUGGCUCCUCCCCGUGGGGCCCCGAUCGGAAAUUCGUGGGGAAUGAGGUCAGGGGUAAUUUUGCCCUGUUAAGGAUUUCGGGACCGGGAAGAGGAAUGUAUUUUGGGGAUCGGGUCGGGGACGGGGAUCGCUCCCCCAGCUCCACGCCACCCCGUUGCCAACCUGAGGGCUUCCUGGGUUCGAGUAAGCUUCCCAAACCCGUGAUUCAGAUCGCCUGGCGUUGACGAUGCCUGGCACCGCCAGCGGCAUGGAGGCGUCUUUCUGGUGCUACGCAUGCAGCCGCCUCCGUCGACCACGCGCCCAGGGCGGCGAGCCCGUCGCCGGCUGCACCCGCUGCGGCACCCCCGCCGCCGCGCUCGAGGGCAUCGUCGGCGUCGUGGACGCCGGCGCGUUCUUGCACGCCUGCCACCCGGAGGCCGGUCCCCGGCCCCCCGCGCCCCUGCCCACCGUCACGGUCCGCGGAGCGGGGCGCGACUGCGCCGUGUGCAUGGAGGAGCUGGAGCCCGGUGCGACCGCGGCCGUCACGCCGUGCGAGCACGUGUACCACCCGUACUGCGUCGCGCCGUGGCUCGAGGCCAGGGGAACCUGCCCGCUCUGCCGGGCGCCCGUCGGCGGCGCCGGCGACCGCGACGGCCUCGUCGCGUGCCAUCUCCCCGGCGGCCGGAUCGGCCUCGGCCGGCGUGUCGCCGGGCGCAUCCACGGGGUCAGGAUCCUCGACGAGGACGGGAAGCUCGAGCGGCCCCGCGUGCUGCGGCAAGGGUUCAAGGGGGUGCGCCUCCGCGCCAGGAUGGCAGUAGGACUAUCGGAAGGAGCCUGGGAUCGCCAUUCGCCACGACCUCGCGGUCGUGGCGGAUGUGCAGUGACUGCAGCAGCGCGUUCGUGCGCCGAGCUCCGCUGGUGCUCCUCCGCUUGAGAUAUUUCAGCAAGUAUUGACGUGCAUUUGAUCUCGCAGUACUGCAGACUGUAAUAGCCCAUGUAAACUCCUGCUGAAAAAGAAUUGAACAAGCUGUAAACUUUCUUACUGUCAAUUUGCAUCAUACAAUGUCUAUUAAUUGC